AGAGAAACACAGAGAGGGAGAGUUGGAGGGAGGGUAGUAGUCUGAGGCACAAGAACAAAAGCUGCAGAGGACUGCUUUCCAUCUCCACUAAAAGAACAACGGAGGAGUAAUAGAAGGAGGAGGGGGUGGUCAUGAUAGUAGUGAGACAAUAACGGAAGAGAAGAGGCACAUUGUAGUCAGUGAGGACUGAAACCAAGGCUCUUCUCUUCUCUGCUCUCCAUGUUUUUGGGGACUCAACGUACCAUCGCCUUCGUCUCCAAACCCAGAAGAGGAUGUCUGUGUCGGGGAAGAAGGAAUUUGACGUGAAGCAGAUCCUCAGGCUCCGCUGGCGCUGGUUCAGCCAUUCAUCCCAAGGUUCAGCCGGGAGUGGAGGCGGUGGCGUUGGUGGGGUGGGAGGCUACAUCCAGCAGGAUGGCCUGGAUCACCGAGGGACGCCAGUCCAGGGCCGGCUGAAGAGUCACUCACGGGAAAGAGGCGUUGGAGGACUACGGAAGACCAACAGCCCGGUCCACAGUAUCUUGGCACCUACGCCAGGGCCCACACCUGUCUAUGUCAGAGCGGGUCAACAAUCAUGGCACCAUCAGCAGAACACCAUCCAGGGUCUCCAGGUCAACGAGGAAUCCUCAAAGAGCAGCUCCUCACCCAGCACCACAAGGAAAGAGGACGCCAACACUGGCCAGGAAGAUGUGAAGAACAGCACAGAGGACCCUGCAGAGGUGGAGGCCAGAGAGAGGUUGACUCUGAGCAACUUUUCCAGAAUGAACACCAACUCCUCCGAUGAGUUUUUCCAGGCCACAAAUCAUGCAGAACAGACUUUCCGCAAGAUGGAGACCUACCUCCAGCACAAGCAGCUGUGUGAUGUCCUCUUGAUAGCAGGGGAUCAUAAAAUACCAGCUCACAGACUGGUCCUGAGCGCCGUGUCAGACUACUUUGCUGCUAUGUUCACCAGCGACGUGAGAGAGGCAAAGCAGGAAGAGAUUAAGAUGGAGGGAGUCGAUCCAGAAGCCCUCAGAUCCCUGGUUCAUUUUGCCUACACCGGCGUCCUUGAGCUGAAAGAGGAGACCAUUGAGAGUUUAUUGGCGGCAGCUUGUCUCCUCCAGCUUUCACAAGUCAUCCAGGUUUGCUGUAACUUCCUGAUGAAACAGCUUCAUCCCUCCAAUUGCCUGGGCAUACGCUCCUUUGCAGACGCCCAGGGCUGCGUGGACCUGCUCAAUGUGGCUCAUAACUACACCAUGGAACACUUCCUGGAGGUCAUUCAGAACCAGGAGUUCCUGCUGCUCCCCACGGCUGAGAUUGUUAAGCUGCUCUCCAGCGAUGACAUCAACGUCCCUGAUGAGGAAACCAUCUUCCAGGCUUUGAUGAUGUGGGUGCGGUACGAUGUCCAGCAUCGACAACAGGACCUUGGGGUGCUUCUUGCCUUCAUCCGCCUGCCUCUUCUUCCUCCACAGCUCCUUGCAGAUCUGGAAAACAACAAGAUGUUCUCUGAUGAUCUGGAAUGCCAAAAGCUGCUGAUGGAGGCCAUGAAGUACCAUCUUCUGCCUGAGAGACGUCCUAUGUUUCAGAGCCCAAGAACCAAACCCAGGAAGUCCACUGUGGGUGCACUUUAUGCUGUAGGAGGGAUGGACGCUACCAAAGGCUCCACCACCAUAGAGAAGUAUGACCUGCGGACCAACACUUGGGUCCAGGUUGGAGUCAUGAAUGGACGCCGGCUGCAGUUUGGCGUGGCAGUGAUAGACAACAAGCUGUAUGUGGUUGGAGGGAGGGAUGGACUCAAGACAUCCAACAUGGUGGAGUGCUACAAUCCGAUCAAUAAAGUGUGGUCCACCAUGCCCCCCAUGUCAACACACAGACAUGGACUUGGUAUUGCUGUGCUAGAGGGCCCUAUGUAUGCCGUGGGAGGCCACGACGGCUGGAGCUAUCUCAACACAGUGGAACGCUGGGACCCGCAGGCCAGACAGUGGAACUACGUGGCCAGUAUGUCGACACCGCGGAGCACCAUGGGCGUCACAGCACUCAAUGGGAAAUUGUUUGCAGUAGGUGGUCGAGACGGCAGCUCGUGUCUGAGGUCAAUGGAGUGCUUCGAUCCGCACACCAACAAGUGGAGCAUGUGUGCUCCCAUGGCCAAGAGGCGAGGGGGAGUGGGUGUGGCGACAUACAACAACUUCCUGUAUGCUGUAGGUGGACACGACGCCCCCGCCUCCAACCACUGUUCUAGACUCUCCGAUUGUGUCGAGAGGUAUGACCCAAAGACGGACACGUGGACCACUGUGUCCUCCCUCAGUGUUCCCCGGGACGCGGUGGGUGUUUGCCUACUGGGUGACAGGCUCUAUGCUGUGGGUGGAUAUGACGGCCAGUCUUAUCUGAACACUGUCGAGUCCUACGAUGCACAGAACAAUGAGUGGACUGAGGAGGUCCCUCUCAACAUUGGCAGGGCAGGCGCCUGCGUGGUGGUGGUGAAAUUGCCUUGAGCGUUUUGUCUCACGACAGCAUGGGAAACAAAUGAGAGAGCAGCAAAGAAAAGUGGACAAACAAAACAAGAGAUCAAGAACACAUCCUUCGAGAAUCAUGUUUUCAUUUUUUUUCUCCUUUAACUCGGCUCUCCAGAUUUUUCAGAGGGAAACACAGACAGAGCCUUGCCCAUAAACCAUUGUUUCUAUCAUUAGUGGACAUGUCUGCCCACUGGGGAGGACUGCUGCGCAUUCUCCACAUUCUCAAGCGAUCAAGAUUUUUCAUAGACUUGGCUAAGCUGUAGCAAGAGCCAAGGCUUUGUUGUACUGGUUUGUUAUACUAGUUUUAUGAAAAGUUCUGUGUAUGUCCGUAAGAUUAAAUGUAAAAGUUACAUUUUGAGUAAAUAAGCCUGCAGGUUAGUUUACAUCUAUACAGAGACUUUUCUUAUCAGUGCCAUCGCAUACAGUAUAUUUUUGGGUUUAUAUUUCACUUUAUAGCCACUCAAAUGAAAAUUGUUAAGAUACAAAAAUGUAACCACAUACCAGUGUCUUCCCUUAGCGGGUGGUCUGAACAGAUUCAUGCUCUUUAAUGAAGAAGACCACUGUGAACACUGAGGGUGAUGAAGUUUUUGCAGGGUGGUUUUAAGAAGAACAGGAAUGAAAUGAGACUUUUUGCUGAAUAAUAUAUUUGGACUUUCUUUCAGUUCAUUUUCUUUUAUUGAGCCUGUAGCUACAGAACACCAAAGUCAUUUGCUUGUCUUAGAAGUCUUGUUACGCAUUAAAUAAAAGUUUACAAAAUUGUGAAUUACAGAAAAUAUAUCAUAUUGAUAUUUCACAUUGCUGUACAGUUUUUCGUGAACUUUAUGAAUCUACAUUUGUGUUGAUGAAUCAUGCCUAAACCAGUGCUCUCUGGUACAGUUAUUAUUAUUUUGUCUUUACUUCUGGGCAUGCUAGCUGAGCGAUUGUUUUACUUGGUUUAUACAAUUAUCAAAAUCACUGUCUGUUCUCGUAUUUUUAAGGAUAUGAUGCCUUUUGGGUCAUGUAGAUGAUCUUAUCGUUCACGACACAACCAUUGGAUAAACCCAGAAGAAAAAGCAAACUAUGGCUUAGUGGGACCAGGUGCACACAAAGCAGCUAUCUGAGUCUACGAGAGAAUUUCAAGCACUGUUUCACGUGUAGCACUCUGAAACCUGAUUUCCACAGCACCUCACUAAUGUGACUUUGAUUAGAAUUUUUAGCUUUGAAGUUGGUUCUGCUCAUAAAAGUAAAACCCUUAUCAUGACGAGAACAAUUUGUAACUGUAAUUAUAUCAUGUUUUUGGGGCCAAAUGUUCAUUUUUAUGCUUUUAUCAUACUUUUGUACAGCAUGCAAACUAAAUAAAAUAACUUCAGUCCUCUGCAUGUUCAAAUCCAUGUUUAGAGCUGAAUGUGGCCCCUCAGCGGGCAGAUUUUGAUUUCUCUUGUUCUGCUUUGAGUAAACUAAACUCAUUCUUUGACUAAACAGACUUGGAACCUACUUUGAUGUCAACAUUGACCUCAUUUUCUUCUCAUUGCAGACCCCGCUUUUUAAAUCAAGCAAGCAUGUUUGCUUGAUUUAUAUCACUCUGAUAUCACUGUGGUUUUCUUUUCAAUCUCUCCUUAACAGACUGAGGACCAACUGCGACUGCUUGCCUUUGUUUUUUUCAUUGUUUACCUUCCAAAUAGUUUAAACUCUCCUCUUGCUUGUUUGGUUAGAUUUGGAUGGGUUUUGGCAGACAAAAUUCUGGCUUAUGUGUCCACGUGUAGGUUGUUUCAGGAUACAAAAAUAUUAGACAUACCUUUAUCUUUUUGAUUUUGAGGUAUAACCCUUUUGGCACAAACCCCAUCUCAGUCGAUGUAAAGAUAAAUCUCGUUCUCUAACUUUCUAUUUCUGUUUAUCUGCACCUCCUGUCAGAUAUUAUAAUGGAAAUCAAUAAAGGAUAAUAGCUUUCACCUAAGUUCACCUCUUCAGAGUAUAAUAUUACUGAAGCCCCACCGUGCAGAAUACUUAUCUCAAUAUAUAUCUGUCCAGUUAAUUCAAAAGCAUAGUUUAAUGGCGGUAGAAACACAAGACCAUAAUGAUGAAAAUAGCUUUAUUCGAUUUGUCCCUGCAUUGGAUAUGACUGGUACAAAUGUGCAAUUUUUUUCAAUCUUUUCGGUUCCUGUCUGUUAUAUUCUUCUCCUGUGGGUUGGCUCAGUAUUGCUUAAUCUGAAAUUCCACAUCUGUUAGACUAAACCGAUAUUCCCCACAGUCUCGUUGCCACCCAUAGGUUUGCAAUCACGGUUUAAAACACAGUGAUCUCAACACUGAGAAAGUCAGCUUCACGUGGUAAGAGCAUGAUGCAAUACAGUACCUCAAAGUCGUCAGGUUUCCAUGUCUGAUUCUGGUUUAAAGGGCCCAUGAAAAAUGGGUUUUAUCUUGUGAAUAUUAUCAUAAUAUUUAACAGAGCCAAAUAGAGACAGAACAGAGACAAAUAAAGAAACCAUUAAGAUACAUGGAUACACUUUCACAAGAGUGAUUUAACUGCUAAAUGUUUUGUAAGAUGGUACAGCACUGACCUAACUCAAAGCUGCUUUGUUUUAGCUGAAGUGGGACAACUCUGAUAUAGAAAUCCUAUUAUGAUUAUCCUUGGAAUCUUAUUAUUUAACCCUGAGGUAUUUAACAUAAAAUCACUCAAAUUAAAAUGUAUUACUUUAAAAGAGGAUCAUCAGUUCCUUUUCACAUUUAAUCCCAAGAAUUGAGUGUGUUGUAUAAAAAAAUUUCCCUAUCCGUUUCAAUGAUAAAUGAUAUACUGAGAUUAUCACCCCACUAAUCAAAUUAUGCCAUCACAACAAAAAGAAAUCUAAUUUCACACCUUACAGAGCUACUCUAAAAAUAAUGAAUAAGAGAAUAAUUAGUAAGUGACAAUUAGUAAUUAGCCAGAUCAGCCAUCUAUGGGCUGGAAGAGUCUAUAGCAUUUUCAUUCUGUAUUGUUUUUCCCAUCUAUUCAAUGGUUGUUUCUUCUACAGAGCAGCAUGGAUUAAAUAUAAUACAUAAGCUUAGUAAUAGUAUUCUUCUUUCUUUUUAGUUUACAGAUGUUUGGAGUAUGAUUUAAGUUUUGUUUCGCAUUUAUUCUAAUUAUUAUCCACCCAAGAUCUUCCACUUUGUCAGUGUUUUGAGUUAUUUUGUAAAAAGAAAAAAAGAUGAGGUGAAAAUGAAACAACAAAGCAUGGUUUACAUUCUGUACUACCUUGUCAUUUGCAAGUGCCUUUAUCAUUCAAGUGUUAAAAAAUGUAAUGAAAGAACAGUAUUAUGUUUUUGUGGUUCCAACACUCAAAGUUUCAUGUUUCCUGUUCUGAAUGAAUUAGAAUAAAAUCCAGUGUUCCUUAUUGAUUUCCCUUUUUAAAGCCAGGAACAUUACAAAGGAAGAUGGAGACAAAGAGAAGCAGAUGAUGAAUAAAAUGGGGUUCAAGCUUUAAGACAAAUGAGAUUUGGAUUUUGUGCAUUCAGGGUAGAUCAAACUAAUACAGGAGGUGGGAAUGGGAUAAGGGCAUUGGUCCCAAAAAUAAUUUACAAUGUCAACUGCUAAUUAUUUGUAAUAAAGGUAUGCAAACAAUGUA